AUGGUGAAGAAGGUGAAGCAUGAAAUCAACACGUGGAAGUCUCCGCCGCGCCACUGCAAGGACUUACUGGUUUCCGGAGACAACGUAAGCGGCGUGCGCCAGAUACACCAUUUCCCUAACCGACCCUACUUCCGCGUGAAUGCCUACUGUGAGCAGACCAUCGACGGGGAGGGGUGGACCGUGGUGCAGCGAAGAAGCAACGACUCCAACCGUGAGAGAUUCUACAGGACGUUCAAGGAGUACCAGUUGGGUUUCGCUGACACGGGAGGUGAAUUCUGGCUUGGUCUCGACCCUAUUCACGCGCUGACCCCCACGGGACUGCACGAGUUACGAAUUGAUUUGGAAGAUUAUGAUGGAGAACAGGGUUUCGCUAAGUAUGGCUACCUCCGUGUGGAAGGGCCGCCUUUCUAUUACCUUGGUGCCAAAUUGUCUUACGGGGCUUGGUGGUAUCACAAUUGCUACGAUUCCAACCUAAAUGGCCACCAGUAUAACUUUGCCUCUACAGCCGUCGAUGAGAUCAGAUGGAACGCCUGGGAUGGCCACGACUCCCUCAGGCGAACCUCCAUGAUGGUCCAUCCCGCCUACUGA